AUGGACACGAUAACGAAGGAAAUCCAGAAGCAGCAUCCGUGGACUCUACUCUUUGCCGACGAUGUCAUGCUCGCGUCGGAGUCUCGAGAUGAUCUUCAGAAACAAGUACAGUCUUGGAAGGAUCGACUGCAGCAAUAUGGAUUGCGCCUCAACACAUCAAAAACUGAGUACAUGGAGUGCGGAAUAAGGAUAAAGGAUGGUUCAAUUCGUGUUGAUGGCACCGAAUUAAACAAGGUGAACUGCUUCAAGUACCUUGGAUCCAAAGUGACUUCCACAGGCGACAUUGAUCAAGAAGGUCGAGCACGUGUUAAUGCUGCAUGGAUGAAAUGGAAAAUGGCAACAGGGGUACUGUGCGACAAGAAAGUCCCUGUUCGACUGAAGUCGAAGAUCUCAGGACGGUUGUGCGUCCUGUUGCCCUUCGGAUGCGAGUGCUGGCCGACAACGAAAGCCUUGGAAAGAGUGCUGCACGCUAUGGAGAUGCGGAUGUUGAGGUGGACGAUAGGUGUGACGCUAAAAGAGAAAGUAUCCAACGACACUGUGCGCUCCAUCUUCGGUGUCGUCCCGAUAACUGAGAAGAUGAAGGAGGCGCGACUGAGAUGGUUUGGUCCGUUGCGGCGGGGGGAAGAUUCUGUUGCCAAACCGCUCUGA